AUGGUUGGGAUUCUACAAGCUCUGAGAGCUAUUGGCGACCUAAUGGGGCAACAAGUGAGGAAUCGGAAUGCUGCCGCCGCCACCGUCGCUGGAGCCCCACCUGUGAAUCAGCCUGUUGGAGUUGUGAAUGAUGGGUACCUGGCCGAAAGGUUGGUGGAGCAAUUUCUUAAGUUGAAACCGCCCAAGUUCUCUAGGAGUGGAGAUCCCGAAGCUGCCAUUUCGUGGAUCGAGGAAUUGGAGAAAGCAUUUGAUCUAUUGAGGUGUACCAACGAGGAUAAGGUCAUCUUGGCCGUGUACCGGUUGCAAGGGACUGCAAGUACAUGGUGGAGAGCUUCCAAGGACAGAGUAUUUCCCGAGGGUACGGUCCCGACGUGGGAUGCCUUCGUGGAGGCUUUUAAUGGGAAGUAUUUCUCGGAUAAUGUAAGAGACCAGAAGAUGGCAGAGUUCUUUCGCUUGCGCCGGAACCGGAUGACGAUCGAUCGGUAUGAGGCCAGAUUUGAAAAACUGUCCAAGUAUGCUCCGAGAUUGGUUGAAGACCCUAUGGAUAGAGCUAGAAGGUUUAGAGAUAAGCUGAAGCCCGAGAUCGAAGUGUGCUUGAUACCAUUCAACCCGAAGGACUAUAAUGAUCUCUAUGAGAGAGCGCAGAUGGUUGAGCAGGAUCUAAUAGAAAGGGCUGCCGCAUCUAGAUCGCGAUUCGCGCCUUCGAAUAGAAGAGAUAUUCGGCAAGGGAAGAGGCCGAUGCAAGGAAAUCGAUUCAAUGUCCCGCCUAAUCGUCGAGGAGUGAUUAGUAAGCCGAUGCCUCGCAGAGAUGAUGUCUGCCGCUUGUGUAACCAGAGGUAUGGAUCUGCUCCGUGUGGAAUGCGUGGAGUUUGCUUUGGAUGUGGUCGGCGGGGCCAUCUGGUGUCUACACCUUUAAAGGAUAUCGUAAUAGCUGCUGUAAGCCGUCCUGGUUGUAGACUAGUAGUUGAUGGUCAUGAGAGUGAGAUAGAUCUGGUUGUACUAGAGAUGUACGAUUUUGAUCUGAUCGUGGGAAUGGAUUGGUUAACGAAGCAAAGGGCCACGAUGGACUGCUAUCAUAAGGCGAUUCAAUUUAGGCCAUUGGAUGGGGCCGGUUUUGAAUUUGUGGGAAAUCAAGGUGGAACCUCGAUCGUAGUAAUCUCAUCGCUAGAGGCAACUCGGUUGUUGGAGAGUGGUUGCCAAGGUUAUUUGGCUGCGAUAGUGGAUACGUCUAUUGGGGAAACUAAGUUGGAGGAUAUUGCUGUAGUAUGUGAGUUUCCGGAUGUUUUUCCCGAAGAAUUGCCUGGAUUGCCCCCGAAAAGAGAAAUGGAGUUCGUGAUAGAGUUAGCUCUAGGAACGGAGCCGAUCUCUAAAGCACUGUAUAGGAUGACAUUGUCGGACCUGAUGGAACUCAAGGUGCAGUUAUCCGCCCCGGUGCGUCACCAUGGGGAGCACCCGUGUUGUUCAUCAAGAAGAAGGACGGGUCUAUGA